AUGGAAAGUACAGCAGACACAGAGACACAUCUACAAGCGAUCCAUCAUCCUUCUGAUGUCCAGUUACUUGAUGACAUCGACAAACUACGGUCUCAUGGCAUCAGUCACCUAGUCGCACUACCUCAGCUGGUAGUCUGUGGCGACCAGUCGUCCGGAAAGAGCUCGGUCUUAGAAGCCAUAUCUGGAAUUCCAUUUCCUACGAAAGACAAUUUAUGUACUCGGUUUGCUACAGAAGUCGUUCUCAGAAGGACAUCGGCCGAGCAUGUCUCGGUCACCAUCACGCCCGGCCCUGGAAGGGUACACGAAGAAGCGCAAAAGCUGCAACAGUUCAACAUGACUCUGACCGACUUGAGGUUAUUCGGAGAAGUCCUUGAGAACGCAAAGGCGGCUAUGGGUGUUGUGGAUGGCGGAAUUGCAUUCACCGAUGAUACCCUCCGUGUCGACAUCUCUGGACCCGAUCGACCACACUUAACUAUCGUCGACUUACCCGGACUCAUACAUUCGCACAACAAGUUUCAGUCCACUCAAGACAUCGAGAUCGUACGAUCACUAGUACAGAGGUACAUGACAAGCAGUAGGUCGAUCAUACUUGCCGUCGUUUCAGCGAAGAACGACUAUGCAAAUCAAAUAGUCCUCAAAAUGGCACGAGAAGCCGAUCCACAUGGUUCACGCACGUUGGGGAUUAUCACGAAACCAGACACACUUCCUGCAGGAUCCGAGAGCGAAGCAGACUUCGUGAGUCUUGCGAAGAAUGAGGAUGUCUCGUUUGAUCUGGGAUGGCAUGUCUUGAAGAAUCGCGAUUACGACUCACGACAUUGUUCCUCGGAGCAACGAAACCAGAGUGAGGCCAUCUUCCUUAGCCAAGGCGUGUGGAGCCAGUUGCCGAGGAUGGCCGUAGGAGUAGCAAAUCUCCGGUCACGGCUUAGCAAAGUUCUUCUGGGUCAGAUAAAGCACGAAUUGCCGGAUCUCAUCGCGGAUAUCGAACAUAGACUAUCCCACUGCCGCACGGAACUUCGAAAGCUGGGCCAUAAGCGUCAAACUACGAGUGAGCAGCGAAGCUUCCUUCUACAUUUAGCUCAGAGCUAUCAGAAUCUUGCACGUGCAGCGAUCGACGGCGUAUACGGGGAUCCGUUUUUUGGGGACCCUCGAUCGGAAGAUGGCUAUCGUCGGAGAGUUCGAGCGACUGUACAAAACUUAGGGCUCGAGUUCGCAGAUACGAUGCGCGGACGUGGGCACCGUUAUCAGAUCGCCUCGCAUCCAGAUGACGCUACCGGGCCCUCUCGAUCAUCGGUCCCGAUGAAUAUGAGUCGCCAGGAGUACCUCGAGCACGCCAAGUCUCUUCUGAUAAGGAGCCGGGGCAGAGAGUUGCCAGGAACCUUCAACCCGAUGCUCAUCGCCGACUUGUUCCACGAGCAGUGUACACCAUGGAGAUCCAUAGUUCUGCAGUACGUCGAAGCCAUAUGGACUGCUGCUAGAGAUUUUCUUGAUUCAGCAUUCAACUAUCUCACGCAAGAGCAGACUGCUGAACUCAUUAUGCGAGAAAUGAUCGAGCCCGACCUGCAACACCGGCUAGUCAACAUGUGUGCCAAAGUUGACUCAAUUCUCGACCAGUAUAAAUCAGGACAUCCCAUAACCUACAAUCACUAUUUCACCGAAACUAUUCAAAACGUGAGGACCAAGAGGAUGGAAGACGACCUGACGCAGAAGCUCCGCAGGUUUCUCAACCUCCAAGAUGGCGAAGUUCUAGAAGAACUGAAUUUCACGAAACUGAAGAAGUCAAGUCUGGUCUCCGCACUUUCCACUAAGAACGAGAUCGAUAUGGACAGGUAUGCUUGUGGAGAAGCGGUCGACUGCAUGUUUGCAUUCUACAAGGUUGCCAUGAAGAAUGUUGUUGACAAUGUCGCGACGCAGUGUUGGGAAGAUCUUCUAAUCAAAGCGCUCCCGGAUGUUCUGACCCCUACUGCAAUCAUUGAGAUGGAAGCAGUCGAAAUUAACAAGAUCGCAAAAGAGCCAGGCGUCAACGUUGAUCAGAGAAAUGCCUUAACAAAAACACUGCAGAUGCUUGAAUUGGGCUUGGAGACGUGCCGAAGACACGUAAGUUUCAGGGUCCCUGUAGGCCAAGUUUACAGCUACGCUACAGAACUCGACAAAAGUCGGACCGAGGUUCUGUCCCAGCCUAAUAGCCUUGAAAAUGCUAGGUUGUGUCAGGAAAAGGAAGCAACAUCUGCUAAGCAGUCACCAGAGUUUGUACAGCCAGUAACGAAUCAUCCACCUACAUCCAUCGAGGAGCACGUCGCAUCGGUCAUCAGCAAUGGUAGCGAUACCCAGACUCUGCAGGUGUUGAAUGAAUUCCAAGCUCCUCCAAAGAAGAAGAAAAAGAUUAGAGUCGUGCAGUAG